CGAGAAGCUGGGUGGAGCCCUCCCCCUCCCUGCCUAUAUAAAACUUUGUUGUAGACUCGCAGCCUGCUGCAGCUCCUGAGGGCAAGCCGCGUUAACUGAGAGAGGGAGAAAGCGAAGGCUUGCGAGGUGAGCCACCUCGCCUCUAGCCAGCUGGAUUGCCAAGAGUGGGGAAGGAGGAGCAGGGAGGCAGGCAACCCCACUGAGCUGCCAAGGGGGUCCCUCCCUGCCAAGGCAGGGCAACGGUGGGAGCAAGAGCUGAGUGAAGAGCAACGCCAGGGACCAUGCAGUGGGGACCUGUUUUUGCUGGCCUCGUGACUUGGUGGUGGCUCCUCUGGAGUCCCUUUGCCAACUGCAGUGCCACAAAGGGCACCGUUCCCCGACUUCGCCUCCCCUACAAAGAUCUUUUGGCCACUAACCGCUCAGUCCUGUUUCUUGGAUACCGAGGAAUUUUAGACUUCCGCACCUUGUAUCUUGAUGAAUACCGUGACCGCCUGUUCAUUGGAGGAAAAGAUACACUUUAUUCCCUUCGGCUGGAUCAAACCAACAUGGAUACUAAGGAGAUCUACUGGCCUCCACUCCCUGGACAGAAAGAAGAAUGUUUUCGGAAAGGAAAAGACCCUGUGACGGAAUGUGCCAACUACAUCAGAGUGCUUUAUCCUCUAAAUCGAACACACCUAUUGGCUUGUGGGACUGGAGCUUUCCACCCAAUCUGUGCUCUCAUCUAUGUGGGACAACGAGGAGAGCACGUGUUCCGCUUGGAUCCUACCACUAUAGAAAGUGGCCGAGGCAGAUGUCCUCAUGAGCCCAAUAGGGCAUUUGUGAGUGCUUUCAUUGGUGGAGACUUGUAUACAGGAUUAACAGCAGAUUUCUUGGGCAGGGACUCUGUGAUUUUCCGAACUAUGGGGCACCGCUCCCCUCUACGUACUGAGAUGGACCAGCGGCUGCUUAAUGGUCCCAAAUUUGUUGCUGCAUAUCUGAUCCCAGACAAUGAUGAUGGGGACAAUGACAAGGUCUACUUCUUCUUCACUGAGAAAGCAGCAGAGUCGGAUGGCAAAAGCCGUGCCAUCUUUAGCCGUGUGGGGAGGAUCUGUGUGAAUGAUGCUGGGGGGCAACGAGUGCUUGUCAACAAGUGGAGCACCUUUAACAAGGCCCGGCUGGUGUGCUCUGUCCCAGGACCAGAUGGCAUUGACACAUACUUUGAUGAACUGGAGGAUGUCUUUCUUCUGAGGACAAAAGAUGGGAAGAGCCCUGAGAUCUAUGCACUAUUUAGCACCAUCAGCAAUGUCUUCCAAGGUUUUGCCAUCUGUGUAUAUCGUAUGGCAGACAUCUGGGAGGUUUUUAAUGGACCGUUUGCUCAUAAAGAUGGCCCUGACCAUCAGUGGGCAGCUUAUGAGGGCAAGGUGCCUUACCCAAGGCCGGGAGUUUGCCCCAGCAAAACUACUAACCAGCCAAGCCGGCAGUACUCCUCCACCAAGGACUAUCCUGAUGAGGUUCUACACUUUGCACGUGCCCACCCACUGAUGAGCAAAUCCGUGUACCCACUACAUCGUCAGCCUGUGCUGGUGAAAAUCAACCUGCAGCACCGCCUGCGACAGAUAGUGGUGGAUCGUGUGGAAGCUGAGGAUGGGCAGUACGAUGUCAUGUUCCUUGGCACAGAUGCUGGGUCUGUGUUGAAGGUCAUAGCCCUUCAGAGAGGGAGCUUUGCAGCAGCUGAAGAAGUCAUUUUGGAGGAGCUUCAAGUGUUUAAGGCACCAAUCCCUAUUACUGAGAUGGAAAUCUCUGUCAAACGGCAAAUGCUCUAUGUGGGCUCCCGGGUGGGAGUUGCCCAAAUGAAGCUGCAUCAGUGUGAGACAUAUGGGACAGCCUGUGCAGAGUGUUGCCUAGCACGGGACCCUUACUGUGCCUGGGAUGGCCUCACCUGCACCAGGUACCAGGCAUCUGGCAAGCGUCGUUUUCGCCGGCAAGACAUCCGCAAUGGAAACCCCAUGCACCAGUGCCUGGAUCAAAACUUGACAGUGGAUGACUUUGAAAGCACAGAGGGAAAGGUGGUGUAUGGGACAGAGCACAACAGCACCUUCUUGGAAUGUAUCCCAAAGUCACCCCAGGCUGUGGUGCAAUGGUUUGUACACAGAUCUCCAGAUGAGCUAAGAGAUGAGGUGAAAACAGAUGAUAGGAUCAUGAAGACGGAGCAAGGACUGCUCUUUCGGAAGCUUUUCCGUCAGGAUGCCGGAAUGUAUUACUGCAAAGCUCAGGAGCAUGGCUUCACCCAGACCGUCACCAAGAUUAUGUUGGAGGUGAUUGAGAGUGAGCAGCUGGAACAGGUCUUCCUGCGUGAGCAAGAGGAGGAACUUCCUCGCCCACUCUGCCGGGUGACUGAUCCCCGCCUGCUGCAUGGACAAAGGAUGUGGUUCAAAGACAUCAUGCACCUCAUUGGCUAUGCCAACCUGCAGAGAGUAGAGGAGUACUGUGAGCGUGUGUGGUGUGGAGAUCGCCAGCUGCGGCACAAAGGCAGGCCCCCAAAGAGCAAGAACAUGCUGGAUGGCAGUGGCAAAAAAGUGAGGGGCAAGCAACAUGGAGAGAGGAACCGGGUGCCUAGACAAGCGGCAGCCACAUAAGAGGAAGGGGAGCCAACUUGUGGCAAGAGGAGAACAUGAGAGGAGGAAGGUCAAUAUGGACCACCCUUCCUUCUCAUGAAUGAAAAUCAGCCCCUCCAGGAACUGUCCUUGUGAUAGGACUUCUCCUUUUGGAAGGGGCCACCUUGCUGAUUAGCUGAGCCUGGAGACGUUCCUUGCUGGAAGCACACCACUUCCCUCUGUCACUAGCAUUGGAGACAAGGACUCAAAUGACCCCAGACUGUUUCCUUCCUAUCCCAUCUUAUUUUCUUUCAGUUGCACAUUGGGGGUUGUUGGUAUCGGGUCUGCAAGGGUGUGGGGUAGCCUGCAAACCCUGGUCUCCCAAUGCAGUUGUUCUGUAUAUUCAGUGCUGCCCCUGAUGUUCAAUAUGACUGAGCCACAUGAUGGAGAGACCAUGAGGGUUGGAGAUGUAACCAUGUGGCUGGUUAAAGGCAAAGGGAGGCCACCAGCAGAAGUGUCAGAAGCCAGGCCAACACUCUGCUUAGAAGACUGGGUGGUAAUAGUGGGGAGUUCCUGCUGGGAAUGGACAGGAUGCAGUCAGGUGACCUUCUCCUGCAGGUGACAAGUGACAGACACAUUUGGCUACACACAACAUGUGACAAGAUCACCUCUCUGAAGAGAACAGAUAGCUGAUUCCAGUGGGCUUUCCCCUGCAAAAGUUUAGACAGUGAAUGGAUGUUAUCACUGAGCUGUGGAUUGUAAUUGCCCUUUGGUGGUAGGGAGGCAAACCCUGUUUGUAGAUCUAAGGAAUCUCAUUGUCCCAAGCUUAUCCUGGCUCUGGAUCUAAAACUUUUGUGACAUUUUCACACAGGAGGCUUAAAAUGGCCAGUUGUGAAUGUAAAACCUACAUUGACAGAAUGCUCAUUUGCAUUACCAAUGCCUCUCUUCUGCAUUCCCUUUCACUUGAACAACAAUAUUGAUAUUCAUAUAAAUAGUACAAAAGGAAGCUCAAAGGUAAUUUAUGGGCCAAACUAAAUGUUACAUUGCAGUCACCUUAUAAUGUUGGGCUGAUUGCUUUGCUUAAUCGCAAAGCUGGGGCAGGAGUGGGGGUUUCAUGGGGAAAGCGAGUGACAGGAGAGGAGUUAAGCACAUCCUUCCUCUCUCCCUUCCUGCUGCAAAGUGCCCCUUUCCAGGAGUUUUUGGAACAAGAAAGUAGCCUCCAAGCUAAUAUUAUAUGUGGCUGCUGUGUGCAACAUGUGGCUUGGUCCUCAUUUGUACAUGUGUGAAUUUUGCAUGCUGUCUCAUAUUACCCAGAACAGACUUAAAUGCAGCAUCCUCCCAGUCUGUGCCUUUCAAGCGUUCUUAACAACAUUGACUGGGCCACACAACAUUUCUGAAAGCCAGUGCUGGAACUUUUGUUUAAGUGAGCUCCUUUUUUCAUUCCUGUGUCUCUGAGGAUGUGUUGAUCCUUUAGAUGAAAUUGAUUAAAACCAACAGCUGAAUGAAAACUGCCAGUUUGUUCAACAAAUAAAUUAAACCCUUAUGCUGCACACUCAAGGCUCAGGGGCAAGGUUUUCCUCUUUUGUUUUCAGUGAUUUAGCUUUCAUCAGCACAAUGAAUGGUCUCAUGGCAAGCUGCUCCUGGGAGUGAAAUUUGUUCCUAUAAUUUCUUCUUACAAUGUCACUAUACAUUCAGAAGUUGAAUGUUUUCCCCAAACACUUAAUGAACAAUAUAUGUGUCCAGGGGCCAGAGAAUAAAGCUCAACUAUGAUUUUGUGAAGAGAUUAGAAGGGUUAGCUGUGCACAGACUCCUCCUGAAAUAAGAUGUCCUCUGGGUAACUAGUUUCUGGUGACAGCAUUAAUAACACCAACAAUCAGUUCUAUAAAAAAUGGGCAGAUAAAGACUUGUUUUUUUUCCUGUUUCCCAGAUAGUAACACAUUAUUGGCUUUGAAUUUUAACACUGGACUGGAUGAGCUACCCCUAACCCCCAAGAGGUGUCAGUUAAGUUUUUUGAAGCAGCCUCUGGGCUAGGGAUGGGGGGGGAGUUGAUUCAGUUUGCAUUUAAAGCCAAAUUUAUCAAAUUUGCACUUUCUGAAACAAAAUGAGAGCCAAAACAUAGCCAUCCUUCAAAAUUUGCACUUAUCUGAAUUUUGAGAUGUAGUUCUCCAAGCAGUGUUUACUAAAAUGCAUAUAUUGGGGGGAAAGUGCACAAAAUUAUAUAUUGGUGAAAAUAACAUAUAAAAUGCAUUAUAUGAGGAGAAAUUGCUUGCAAAAACUUGUGCAUUAGUCAAAACUGCAUACA